AUGUCAGAACCUCCCGAGAUCGUCACCCCGCAGGACCAGGCGGGGUCCACAGGGUACCAAGAAAGCUGGAGCUUUAUUGACGAUGUGAAGCGACGCUUCGAGACAACUGAGCCAGAGGUUUAUGCGGCCUUUAUCCAGGCCCUGAGUAGCUUCUAUACUGCCACACAAAACACUACUGGAAACUCUGAAGGGGUGCUCUUUGAGACUCACGAAACUGUGAAGGCGUUGCUGCAAGGACACGAUGACUUACUAGAGAGGUUCGAAAGCAGUCUUCCCCAAGAUUAUCUUCAUCGGAGGCAUGAAGCAGCCGCAAGAAGGCAAAGCUAG